GUUAUGAUCCCAUAAAAAAGUUAUUUAACUUUUGUGUGCAAUUAAUAUUUUUUCGUUAUGUGUGAUAUUUUUGUUGCAGUUGUUUAUAUUUAAAGACGUUUUAUACAGAAAUCAGUUUCUGUGUGUAUGCAAGAUCUGUUUUUGUAUGCCUUUUGUAUUUAGUAUUUGAAUCGAUGAGCUGCGAUGUUUGUGGUUAGUUCAUCAAAGACAGAAGAUGGUGCCACGAGAUUGACUGUCGUUCCGCAUAUUUGCGGAAUCUGCAAGAAGGCAUUUUUGCAGGAAGAUUCUCUCUUAGAACAUUUUAAAACUCACGCCGAUUGCAAUGAUACAACGGUUACCACUGUCACUUCUGUUGAACCUGACCAAAAGGUAUUGAAAACUGCAAAUAAGUUACAUACCUGCGAUAUAUGUGACCGUAGUUUCUCUUCCAAAGCGUAUCUUCAAAAGCAUAUUAUUUUGCAUGGUGGUGAUAAGACACAUGAAUGUACAAUCUGCCGUAAAACCUUCGCGCUCAAGGACAAUCUCCAAAAGCAUUAUAGAACCCAUGAUCCUAUGAAGCAGCGUUAUUUUUGUUCUGAAUGUGGGAAAGGUUUCACAUCCAAACAGUAUCAGCAAAAGCAUGAACUUAUACAUACUGGUGAGAAGCCACAUACCUGUACGAUAUGUAGAAAAUCUUUUACACUGAAAACUAAUUUGAAUAAACACUAUCAGACUCACUCGGAACAGAAGCUCUAUUUCAUGUGCGAUAUCUGUGGGAAAGGAUUUUCAUCUAAAGCAUACUUAGAAAAACAUCAUUUAAUUCAUGUUGGAGAAAAGCCACAUGUUUGUGGAGUUUGUUUCAGAGCUUUUACGUUAAAGACUAACUUGCAUAAGCAUUAUCUGACUCAUACGGGUUAUAGACAAUAUGGAUGUCAAGUUUGCCAAAAGCGUUUUAAAACUAAAGGAGCUCUUGAGCAGCAUUACCUUGUGCAUUCUGGAGAUCGGCCAUAUUCUUGUAAUUUAUGUGCAAGGACUUUUAAGCAGAAGAGCCAUAAAGACAAGCAUCUCCAGACUCAUUUAGUACGUGAAUUAGUCAAUGUGAAUGACAUUAAUUGUGAAACAGUUAUUUCAGAUACAGAAUCAUCUGAAGAAUGGUCUGUUGUGAAGACAGAAAUUAAAACUGAAGAUGAAGAAUGAAAAAGAUUCUUUUUUUAUUAUUUUGUAGCUGAUGUAAGAUCUUUGAUGCUUUCAUCAUUGGUUCUAAUCCCGGUGGCCCAAGUUCCCAUUUGUUGAUGUAGCCUUGAAAUAAAGACAAUAUGUUCUUUCACGGACUCUAACUGAUUGUUCCUGGAGAAACAAUUAAUAUUUUCAUUUAUAUUUUUUAUUAUUAAGUGUGUAAUUCUUUUACUUAGUAUGAUACUUUAAUAUGUCAUGAUAUGAAGAGUGGAAUCAGUUAACAUGUAAUAAAUUGAUAAUUUCAUAUACUAGCUUGUUAUUUAUCAUGAAAUAGCAAGUUAUAUUGAAGACUAAUUAAUAAUGAGUUUUACAAUUUUAAAAUGAAACAACAACAAUAAUUGAAUUCUGUUAAAUGACACUAAAUUUUAUGUUGCUACAAGAAUUAUUGAGAUAUCUAAUAUUUAACAAAACAAUAUUUUUUGAAAAUGAUAUUUUUUUUUUUUUGCCUUUAUUAUUUUAUUAUUUCUGUGAAUGAAUCCUUGAACAAUAAUGAUUUAUUGAGUUUUAACAAUUGAUAGAGCAAUAUAUCUGUAUUUGAUUAUUGUUUAGUUUUGGUGAACUUCAUACUCGUGCUGAAUUGAAGUAGAGAAUAUAAAUUUUAUUUACCAAUUUAUUUUUGCUUUCCCCCCAAAUCCUUUGUUAGCAACUUUAUGUACAAUAACACUAUGAAUGAGAGAUGAUAUGUAUUUAUUUAUUUACAUUUGAUUGUGGUGCUGUUUUUAUUUCAUGAAAUAACUAGUUAGGCUGUAGGCAACCAGUGUUUCUUAAGAUUCAACUGAUUUCAUUUAUUAUUUCAUGUAAUAACUAUAUUAUAAAGUAACGCACAUUAAAUUUUUUAUAUUUAUAUAAUUUACAACUAGAACUAGGAUAAUAGGAUGGGGGGGGGUCUUUUUUUGUUCACCUAGCAUAAAAUUAAUAUUUUUUUGGUUGACCAUGUUUUAACAAUUCAAAUAGCUUUAUACACUUAGAUUGAAUGAAAAGCUUAUAAAGAAAUGUUUCAUUGUUCUGUGUUGUACUAUUUUUUAUUUCUGUUUUAUGCUAUUAAAUCUGAAAAUAAUGCAGUACCUAAAACUAUUGGAUAUCAUGCAGAGUGUGAUAUGUAAUAUAUGCAAUAGAAUUGCAAAUAUUCUAAAUUAUACAGUAUAUAAUAUUUUUACACUUAUAUUUUAUCAGCACACUCUUUUGAAUCCUACCUUUUUCCUUUAAACUUUCUGGCCAAAGCUUCUAGGCUUUGCUAAAGCUUUUCUGUAUUAUUGUUCCAUUUGGGAACAUUAUUCAUAUAAUUUGAUAAGUCAUUACUACAUUUAUAAAUAUUUUUUAAAAAAAAUUAGAAAUAAACUUUAUUUUUAUUUAAAUGAAUACUUUUUUGUUUAAAAAGUGAAAGUAUAAAUAUAGUGCAUAAAGUUUAAUUUUCAGACUUUUAAAAAAUUAAGUUCCAUUUCUUUUUUCUCUUCACUCAAAGCUUCCUAAAUUUCAAGAUCUAGUUGAAAUUAUAGCCCUGAUUUAAUUUUCCAUUUGUUAAAUAAAAGAUACAUAAAUUUUGCCAUCAGAUUUGGAUUAAGUAGUUAGAAAAUUAUUUAUUUUUAGUCAUGUUUAAUGUGUUUGAUUUCUUUGUUGUAUGUUCCUAUUAAAUUUACAAUUGUUAAAGAAUUAUCUGGUCAGAUUCCUAUAAUUGUAUAUAACUUUUCAUAUAUUUAUUAUGUUUAAUUUCUCCAAAAGUGGUUUUUGUUAUUUCAUAUAUUAAAUAUUGCAUCAAUUUUUUUUAAAAGACUUCAAUAUAUCCAACAAAUUUUCUUAAUGUAUUGAGUUCUAUCUUUAACUGAAAUAGAUAUUAUGCAUAAAUUAAUUGAUGGAAACUCAACUUGAUGAUUGGAACAAAGCACCAUUGAAAGAUAUGUGUUUGUAUGCAUCCUUGGAGUUAUGAGAUGACAAUUGUUACAAUCAAUACAGAGUUUUAUAAUGGAAGAAUAUAUAUUUUUGAUGGAAGAAAUAAAAUUUAUGUAUAACAUUAAAUACAUUGCCAUAAUAUUCAAGGCUGUUUUUAUGUUCAUCAUAACAGUUUCACUCUAUACAAUAUCUACUUGAAUUGAAUUUUAUUCAAGAUAUAUCACUAUUAAAAUAAUAAUUCAAUAAUUUUUUUCAAUGGAAUUCUAUAAAAUACUCCCAAUACUAUAUUAUUACUUAGUCAUAUGUAUGGGCAAUGCAAAAAUUGAUCACUUCAAAAAUAAAAGAUCAUAAGCUUUAUUUUGUGCUUUAAAAUUUAAAAAGAAUUAAAAUGAAAGUAAAAACAAGAAAAGGCAAAAAGAAAACAAAUGAACAAAGGAGAAAAAAAUCCAAAUUUAUUUACAGUUGAGAGAAUCAACAAACAAUAUAUAACAAUUAUUUUAAAGUAUUUUCCUACUGUAGGAAAAUAUCAAUCUAUUUUGGAGGAAAAUCAACCAUUUGAUUGUUAUUGAUGUGAUGAAAUUUAUACUUGAGAGAACAUUUUACAAGUGUUUUUGUUAAAAAUGAAUAUUAAUGUAUUGAAAAUAUAUACAUAGUGAUAAAAUUUUUUCCGUUUCAUGUAAAAGUUGGUAAGAUUUUUAUAUGUAUUAC